AGAUCUUCGUAAGCAUAAUCUUGUUCGCAAUCAAUUAGGAAAUAUUGUUAUUAUUGAUUGGGGAUAUAGCAUAAAAUUGGAGGAGAAUCAUAACUUCGCAUUUGCUGAAGCGUUAGUUGAUUUGACAUGUUUGGUGCGUUCAUUCUAUUUAAUGCUUUAUAAACCAUUAUUAGAUAGAAUUCCAUUCGAUAAAGGGGAUGAUAUCAAGAGUCGAGCACAGAUGAUGCUAAAUUUCUGGAUGGGUUGUAGACGUUCAGAUGUAUGGGAUAGCAUUUAUAAUGAAGCUUGUGAUAAGUGUUCUGAAGUAAUCUCUAAAGUGCCUCUAUUAAGGCUUAAUGCUUCUGUUUCUAAACCAGUCGUACUACUACCAUGCAGACAUAAGACAUAUUUUGAAUGUAUUAGUAAUAAGAGUAAGCUGUGUCCUAAAUGCCUGUCAAUUGAUGAUCUUGAAAAAGAAGAAUAUUAUAUUUCACCUACUUUCGAUGAAGCAUCCAAGAAAAGGAAGAGGAAAGAUGAUUCACAUAAAUCUAGUAGGGAUACAAAAGCGCAAACCAUAAUUUGUGAGCUGUCCAUCUGUCCAGCUAGUGAAGUAUCAAUUAGUGCACCUCCCGAAGAUUCUGACAUGAGAAAAGUUUCAAAUCAAUUCCAUAAAUUAUAUUAUGAGAUUGAUGAUACAGAAAAAAAUGGGGAUCGGACUAAUAGAGAUUUAGUUCGUUUCUAUUUUCGAUUUGGAAAAGCCUUAUCAGAGCGAUUAGCUAUACUUUUACAAAGCAAUCCUUCACAAACGGCGCAUACAAAGCUAAACAAAGAAGUUAAGAAAAAACUUCUAAAGAAUACAAAUAAUGGUAUG